AGUAGUUUCGACUUUAAAAGACAAUAAGGUGCUCGUUGACUAGAUGACGUUAUCAAAUUUUACAGUUUUUAUUCUAACUUUCAUUGCUUUUGGCACCAUUGUGGUGAUUUUUAAAAGACACAAAAAUUCUCAAAAGGAUGUAAUAAUUUACUCAAUAGGAAACAAAGAUUUCUUGAUUGAAGAAGAUAAUGAGCAUAGCGUUCAUGGAUUGUUACAUGUAUCUCAAAUUGUUAAAAAGGUUCAUGAUGAUAAUGAUCUGACGGUGGUUCAAGUACCCUUUCCAAAAAAUGGACAAGAUUUUAUCGUAAUGCUUGUUCGCACACUGAACUAUAAUUCUAUAUACACUAAUGAGGAAUUGAUGAAAAGUGAAAAAGAAGAUGACAAUUUUUGGGUUCUCAUAUCUGACGGAGCGAUAGGCACUAAUUAUGUGACUUUGGAAAUUAAUUCAUAUAUGGAUAUUGAUGCUGACAUCGAAUUUUAUGGUUAUAAAAAAGAGGAUCCUCUACCAAAGGAUUUAUGAAAUUGUUGGAUUGAAUAAUGUUAAUUUAACGAGAUAUUAAAUAAAUAUUAAGAAUGACUUCAAAGGAAGGCUG